GCAAAUUGGUCGCUCCGCCCACCGGAUCACAAAACAUGACACCAGGGCAACGAAUCGGACAUCGGAGCGCAGCGGGCAUGUAACCAGAGGAUCCGAGUAAUUCAGGGUAUCACUAUCUCCUACCAUCUGCUAUAUACCAUAAGUCUAGGAUGACGACAGCUACAGAACACCAUAAGCAGGGCCAGGGUAGUGUCGCCAGGUGCAAGUCGUCAGAAGCACAUGACGCCUGGAACGUCCCCGAGUUCAUCCCUCUAGAGCCGUCAGCUGGGCCCCUGACAAUAGGUCGAGCGUCGCAGGCAGACAUCUUCAUCCGCUCGUCAAAACACCCCUCCAUGGUGUCUCGGGUUCACGCCUCUCUCUGGUUCAACGAGUCAACCAGUCAGUGGAACAUCACCGACUUGGAGAGUGUAAAUGGUGUGUACAUCAAUGGCAAAACAAAGAUCAAGCCUUCAACUCCUGUCCCUCUCGAAAACGGCAACAAAAUCUGUUUCGGGUCACCGAUACCUGGCAAUCAGCUCAGGUACACGCUAGUCACAUCCUGCGGAGAUCCACACAUGCUCCUCAGAGCUGGGGCCGGGGAAGAGAGAGAAACGGCCAAAAUCCCUGGAGCUCCUAGUGAGUCUGGUACAAUAGCCAACAAGGAGGCUGAACCAUCUCCACAGCUGGUAAAGAUCGAACCACAUACAAGCAAUAGUCCCCAGGAAAUUAUCUACGAAAAAACCGAACAACCAUCCCCCUCUGAAGUUCUGCGUCGAUCAGCGAAGAAGCCUCGACUGGAAGCAAAAGAAGACGAGUCUUCAGCCCCCGGAGUAGCAUUAUCUUCACAGAACACUGGCUCUAUUGAUGAAAAUGACAGUCAACGGGACAAUGCCACCAAGUCUUUUCAUUCGAGUGGAGAAGUGGUCGAGACACACGAACAAGACACAGAUUCGACUGCUCCCAGCGGCUCACAGAGCCAAGAGAACCCCACAGACGACAACACUCAGUUGAUUUCCCAACAACCUCUCCCCUUGGUCCCACAACCUCCGCCCUCUACACCAAGCUAUCUGGUGUCUCCUCUCUCUCUCCUCGAGACACCUGCUUCGGCCAUUGACGAACUCUUCUCCGACGGAGCUGUCGAGAAAGACUUCGACGAAAUCGUGUCAGACGCCAUCUUUGGUGACGAUGGCUCCAUGCUAACUUCUACCGCAGGGCCAUCCUCUGAGGCUCUAGUAGGGACUACCAGUAGAGAGGGCGGGCACAUAGAUGGAGCUAGUCUACAGAUUCGGGCGGCGAGGGACGACAUGCAGAAGGAGAAACAAAAGUUGCUGAGCAGCAUCGAGGCACUCAAGAGCGAGCUGGCCUCAAAGGAGAAGCUGCUGGUGGAGAAGUCUGAGGCGGAGAAGGAGGUUGAGGAGACAAAGAAAAAGAGCGAGGGGGUCAUCGACUCCAUGCAGGAAGAGUUCACGUGUGCCAUCUGUCAGGAGCUGUUUAUCGAGGCCCACACACUGACGUGUGCCCACUCUUUCUGCAACAAGUGCAUCAAGCAGUGGAUGAAGUCGAAACGGGAGUGUCCGGUGUGUCGCAAGGCCGUGUCGGCAGAUCCGGUCCGCUCUCUCGUCCUGGACAACGCAAUCGAUAAGAUGGUUGAAAAGAUGGGCCCUGCCGCCGUCGAGGAGAGAAGAAAGCUGAAAGAUUCACGAACGUCCGCAGGCACGUUGUCCACAAGUGGACUCUUAAAUGCACCUAGACAGUCCAAUGCCAGUGGCUCUAGUGGUUUUGGUGGCGUCAGUGGUUUUGGUGGCUUUAGUGGUUCUGGUGGUGGCGUCAGUGGUACCCAGAGUGGUUCUAGUGGUCUUGGGAGUGGAAACCAGAGUGGUGGAGGUGGUACUAGUGGAAGCUCUGGUGGUGGUCACAGUAGCACUGGUGGUAGUGGGAAUAGUGGUGGCAGUAGGAGAAGGGGAGGAGGAGGGAGUGGUGGGAGAAGUGGAGGACGGAGAAGAGGAGGAGGGGGAGGAGGUAGUGGGAAUCGCGGCAAUGGUGGGAUAAGAGUGGGAGGAGGAGGAGGGGUGACAAUAGACAUCGUCGGCAGGGCGGACGGACACACCAACAUCACGACGACGACCGUAUACUACGGUGCAGAUGACUACUACUCUGAUGAUUAUGACGACGAAGAAGAUGAGGAAGAGGAGUCUGACUCUGGCGUCUAUGAGUCUGGGCUCGAUGGUGCCUACUAUGGUGGGUAUGGAAGAUGCUACAACUGCGGUGCACGUGGGCACUGGGCAAACGGAUGUCCCUACUAAUUAGCAGACUUGCAAUGCACACCUCAUAUCAUUGUGUUACUCUCACUCUGCUAACUUCACCUCACCAGUAUAUACCCUGCCAUAUGAUUGCUCACCUUGUGUUAUGCUUCAUGAGAGUGUCAGCAAAC